AUGUUCAUGGAGUGGGAUAGGAAAGAUGAAACGAAGCCAGUGGGAAAGAGGGAUUGGGCCUAUGUGGCUGUGAGGGGAGUUUUUAGUGGGCGAGAGUUGCGUGUGAAAAUGACACAAUCUAAGGCUGUUAAGGAGGGAAAUACCACUUUUGAGGAUGAUCUGCACAAAUCUCCUAACUCUGUGUCAACCACAGAUGGACUCUCUGCAGCUUCAUUUAUAGAAUAUCCAAAGUUUAAGCCGUUUAUUAAUUCAGAUUUGCUGCUCUCCCCCGGGAAACCAGUAAUUCCAUAUCCUGAAAGCAACAGCAGAGCGAUAUUUUCUGCUCUGAAGAAUCUCCAGGAAAAAAUUCACCGACUGGAGUUGGAACGGCUUCAGGCAGAAGAGAAUGUAAAACAUCUCAGCAGGGAAACAGCAGACUAUAAAAAAGUAUUAAGUGAACAAAUGCAACACGAAGAGCAUGGCAAGACUGAAGUGUCAAAGAAAAAUCAAGAACUGGCUUCUCAGCUGGCAGCUGCUGAGUCUCGAUGCAGCCUUUUAGAGAAACAGCUGGACUACAUGAGAAAAAUGAUCCAGCACGCAGAAAAUGAGAAGUCACAUCUCUUGGAGAAACAGGGUUCGUUGGAGAGAGAUCGGCUUCUUGAUCAAUCACGUGUUCAGUCUAAACUGGACAAGUUGGAUUUGCUGGAAAAGGAGUACAGCAGACUUACUACGAUGCAGUCCAUAGCAGAGAAAAAGAUGAAACGGCUGGAACAGAAACUUCAGGAGGAAGAACAUGCGAGGAAGCUUGUUCAGGAAAAAGCAGCUGAGCUUCAGACAGGCCUGGAAACCAACAGACUGCUGAUCCAAGCAGCAUCACCAUUGCUUUCUCCAAAAGCAAGAAAACCCAGGGAAAAAACCACACGAACAGAAAAGAAACGCCAGCUCACUACGCAGCCCCAUUACAGACUGUGCCUGGGUGACGUCCCCUUUGUAGCUGGGAAGUCUACCAGUCCCAGUCAUUCAGUUGGUGCCAAUGUACAACAUGUCCUACACCUGAUGAAACAACACACGAAAGCUUUGUGUAACAGCCGUGUGGUAAAUGAUACUCCACUAGUAAAACCCGUCAGUACUGGUCAUCCUGCCAGCAGAAGCAGAAAGUCAUCUCUGCCAAAAGAAUCCUCUUCAUCCCAGGAAGAGCUUUCGGAAGUGCUGCUGACUUUACAGGAUGAAUUUGGGCAAAUGAGUUUUGAUCACCAGCAGCUGUCAAAGCUUGUCCAGGAAGCCCCAACCAUCGCGGUGAGGGAAGACCUGGAGAGGGAACUUGAGGCACUGGUGGGAAAGAUGGAAGCAAAGGCAGACCAGAUCAGCAAAGUCCGGAGGCAUCGUUUGCAGCUAGAGAAACUUAAGAGAGAAUGCAAGUCCAAAAAGACUUCUGCUAAACAAGUAAAAGACAGCAGGUUCCCUGUUAGUGAGGUUAGAGUAACAACUACAGUAACCACAAAAGGAAAGAAUGCUGGUCCCAUCAAAGUGAAACCUGGAGAGAAGAGUCGGAAGAAUCUUCAGUUGCUGCGAGACAUGCAGACCAUACAGACCUCGCUGCAGAAAGAUGAUAUCAGCUGGGACUACUGA